GGGCAGAGGUGAAGGAUAAGUCUGCAGAACUGCGGCACUUAAAAAUGGAGUUAAGAGAACAACUACUAAGGGACAUUGGGAGACUCUUAGACGACCAACCCCACAUGGAAGCCUUGGAGGCCUCACUGGACCAGGGCCUGUGCAGUGGUGGGCAGGUGGAACCUCUGGAUGGCCCGGCAGGCAGCGUCCUCGAGUGUCUGGUGCUUCCCUCUGGAGAACUGGUCCUGAAACUUGCUGAGCCCAUCUCCUACCUGUUGGGAGCACUGACUGCGCUGACUGAAACCCAGCAGAAGCUGCUGGCUGAGGCUCUGGAGACAAGGAUGCUGUUGAAGCAGCUGGAGCUGGUGGAGCAUAUCUUGGAACAGAGCACCCCAUGGCAGGAGCCAAGCUUUGUGUCCCUGCCCCUCAGCCUCCUUGGGAACAGCUGGGAUGAGGAGGCUCCCACCUGGGUCUUGCUAGAAGAAUGUGGCCUAACGCUGCGGGUGGACACCCCCCAGGUGCACUGGGAACCAAAGUCUGAGGGUCCCAUGUGUGCACUCUAUGCCUCCCUGGACCUGUUGUCAAGUCUAUGCCAGAUGCCUUCCUAGCCUGUAUGCCCCCCUCCCCCUCCAGCCGGGGCAAAAUCUUGCCUGGCAAAGCCUUACAUGGAAAGCUAAGGGCCUAACUCAACCAUAGGGCUAAAAUGCAAUGAAGCAGGCCCAGGAGUUGGGAAAACUCAAUAAAUGUACAAAGAAAAGAA